AUGUUUCCGGUUCUCUCUCGCGAAGCGAAUGUGACAGGAAUUUUGCGGUUGUGCCUAGCAUCACUCGUGCAUCACGCGGAAUAUUUGCAACAGCCACCCAUGCAUUAUUUGUUUACAAGCCCCACUGUCCUUAGGACGCUUGAAGGCCAACUAGUAGCUGGAGAGUCUGUCUGGAUGCGACCAACGGGGAUACCGCCCUAUAUUGAGCUAUACAAGAAGCUUGACCAGCAGCAAAGGUCAAUUGAUGAGCUGCCUGGCAAACUGGGGCAGAGAAUGGAGCAUGUACUUGAGAAAAAGGGUGUGGCAGCGGACAAUAUUACGAGAGAGUUAUUGCGUGAUGAAAUUCGAUCGUUGUUAGACGAAGUUGGGCUCCAACAACGCCCGUCGAUCAACGCCGUAGUGCCAGCGCCAGUUCCAGUGCACCAGUAUCAUGUCUGGGGCGGGAAAUUUCAUGUGCUACCUAGAGAAUUUAGUUUUCCGAGUAUCGAUCCCCUUGGGGCAUGGAUGCUAUGGUGGUUCGGAAAUCCAAAGCUCAACUACCCCCCGUACAAAGGAAUACCAUCGGACGACCUGGAUACACUGCAGAAAAAAGCGACGCUAUCAGAAUGGUCAAUUAUGACGCGGCACAUUAUGAAUGGGAUCGAG